CUUUCACUCUCGCUCGGCAACCACUCCUGAAAACCUGCCUGAAAACCGGGCUCGAGCCACUACGACACAUACGGUGGAAGAGGCUUCAGGAGCAUAGGGAGCGAAGGACAAGCUAAACCAUGCGCAUAGCGAUAGAGGGCUGCUGCCACGGCGAGCUCGACCGCAUCUAUGCCUCCUUGAAGUACCUGCAACGGACAGAAAACAUCACCAUAGAUCUGCUCUUGAUAUGUGGUGACUUUCAGUCCAUUCGAAACCAGGGUGAUCUUGGCUCACUAGCAUGCCCUGACCGAUACCGGACGAUAGGCAACUUCUCGGAGUACUAUGCUGGAAAGAAGAAGGCACCAAUACCCACCGUAUUCAUUGGCGGGAACCAUGAAGCGUCCAAUUAUCUUUGGGAGCUAUACCACGGAGGUUGGGUGGCGGAGAACAUCUACUACAUGGGCUUUGCUGGGGUUGUCAAUUUCGGCGGGCUGAGGAUAGGAGGGUUGUCGGGAAUCUACAAGAAGCAUGACUAUGAUUCCGGGUACUACGAGACACAGCCUUUCAACGAGUCUCAUUGUCGAUCGGUGUAUCAUGUCCGCAAGUACAACGUCUAUCGAUUGGCGCAGAUCAAACGACCGUUGGACAUCAUGCUGACACAUGAUUGGCCGCGUGGAAUCGCUUUCCAUGGCAACACCCGGGCGCUGCUGCAAGUGAAGCCGUUCUUGGCAGGGGAGAUCAAUACAAACACAUUGGGAAGCUAUCCGAACGAGUUCCUGCUGAAGCGCUUGAAGCCCUCUUAUUGGUUCAGCGCGCACCUGCACGUCAAGUUUGCCGCUGUUCACAAACACGAUUCUGCCGUGGAGCUGCCACACGCUGCAGGCAGUGAGGCUGCAAUGGGAGCUACAGCCGCUGGCCUUGGGUUGGAAAACCCGGAUGAGAUCGCAAUUACCAGCGACAUGGAGGAGGACGUGGACAAACCCGAGGCGCAGGCAGAUCCUCCUGCUGCGGUGGGCACGGAGACCGCGGAGGGGAACGGCAGUGUUGGUGAAGGGAAUGCCGAGGCAACGGGUGAUGCCGCUGUUGAGGUGGCGACGGGCACCCCAAUGGUUGAGGUCCCCGCUGAAGUCGAGUCGACCUCGCAGCCCACGGUACCUACUGCGAACCCCGUCGAGUCAGAAGCCAACAAAGCCACUCCCGACACAUCCAAAGCGAGAUACACAAAGUUCCUGGCUCUGGAUAAAUGCCUGCCCAGUCGCGAUUUCUUGCAGAUCAUUGACAUCCCAGAAGCCACCGGACCGUUGGAACUCACAUAUGACGAAGAAUGGCUGGCCAUAAUGCGUGCCACACACGACCUCUUCAGUCUUUCAAGGGACCAGAAGAAAGUACCCGCGGAUGACGAGAUUGCCAACCGCAUAGCCACCGAACUAGCCUGGGUCCAAUCCAACAUCUCGUCCAAGCCCAACGGCCUCCUCAUCCCCCACAACUUUGUCCAAACCGCACCCGCACACAAAGGCAAACCAGACCCGCCCGGCAAAGCUCCCAAAGUCUCGCGCGUCCGUGGAGGCAACCCUUACAUCAAUCCGCAAACCGUCGCCCUGUGUGAGUUCCUCGGCGUGCAGAACUACAUCAACCCCAAUGGACUUGCACCGGGGACGUGGGAUCCGGCACUGGGACCCCCGCCCCCGUCUCCUGGGAAGGGCCAGCAGCAGCAUGACGCGCCGAUCCGACGGGUGAAGUUGGACCUUCCCGAUCCCGUGUCGACCGAAACCGAGACCCCUCCGGUGACAGAUGAGACGCACGGUGAAGCAUCGGUCGAGCAUGAUACCGCUACUCAUACAGCUGCGGCUGAGGAAGAGGAAAACGCAGAGAGCGCCGAGCGUACCGACCGCGAUCGAACGCGGACUACGACGGUGGAGGAGGCCCUGUUGGGCUUUUAUGUGGAUCAUCAGGGUGACCGUGCGCAUGCGGAUGGGCAGGAAGGCGACCAUGCUGAUGCGGAUGCGCAGGAGGGUGGAGAUGAUGGGCAGGAGCAGGCAGAUGAAGCGCACGAGUGAACAAAUUCAGUUUAAUAGGCUUUGCUGUAGGGUGUUUCUCGUUUGUAUAUAUGUAGUUUCUUCAUGGGAUCGCAGAUGUAUGCCCGAGGUAAACGAUAGAAUACUACUGCAGCUAUAUUGACGAGUAGGAGCCAAUGGUGCGCAACA